GAGUCAUACAUGUUCCAAAGCAAAGCAAGCAAGCAAGCUCUCCAUCUGAGGAGUCACACUUGCGAGUCUUGUUCCUACUUUUCCCGGCCAAAUCUCCGAUCAGGUACUUCCACCAUUAUCUCCACCACCUUCUCAUCCUUCUCGUUCGACUUCCUCACUCGAUUCAAUCGCUAUUUUGGAGUAAUCGACUCAGCAUCGAUCGUGAGCGUAGAUCCAGCGUCACGACUUUCCUGCAUCUGGUUUGAAGGUUAUUAUUAUGUUCGCUAGAUAUAUCCCAUGGCUGACGUACAAUUGUUGUAGGUUAUGUCAUAUUGCUUAUUUCUUUGAAGGAAACCUUUUCAACUGCUCUACCACUGGAAGUAGCUAUGCAACCUACUGGAGUUAGAGACACCCAACUCCGUGACAACAAUAGUCAGAAAGUCCACCCUCAACCCAUGGAAGAGGCAACAAAUCAGAAUCCAGAAGCAGUGGAAACUGUAAUAUCAAAGAUUUUUACAAACAUCUCUUCCCUGAAAUCGGCCUACAUACAGCUCCAAACUGCUCAUACUCCUUAUGACCCUGAUAAAAUCCAAGCUGCUGAUAAACUCGUAAUUUCGGAACUGAAAAAUCUCUCUGAACUCAAGCAUUUUUACAGGGAGAACAAUCCAAAGCCUGUAUGUGUUUCUCCUCAAGACUCGCGCUUAGCUGCAGAGAUCCAAGAACAGCAGAGCCUGUUGAAAACCUACGAGGUCAUGGUGAAGAAGUUCCAGUCUGAAAUUCAAAACAAAGAUACUGAGGUUCUUCAGUUGCAGCAACAGAUCCAAGAGGCAAACCAGAAGCGGGACAGACUGGAGAAGAAUCUCAAGCUUCGGGGAUUGUCUACCAAAGAACCAGAAAGCUCAGGCAAUCAAAAUGGAUUCCCCCCCAUAGAUUUAACCCCUGAUCUUUUCACGUCAGCCGUUGAAUCUGCUUACAAAGCCAUUCAUGAUUUUUCUAAGCCACUGAUCAACAUGAUGAAAGCUGCUGGCUGGGACUUAGAUGCUGCAGCAAACUCCAUUGAACCUGACAUAGUUUACGCAAAGAGAGCUCACAAGAAAUAUGCAUUUGAAUCCCAUAUAUGUCAAAGAAUGUUCAUUGGGUUCCAGGAAGACUGCUUCUCUAUCAAACCGGACAAUCCUGGAGUCUCUGAAGAAAGUUUCUUACAACAAUAUCUUGCCCUAAGGGAUGUGGAUCCACUAGAUGCCGUGGGCCAAAACCCAGAUUCCAGUUUUGGGAAAUUUUGCAGGAGCAAGUACCUAUUAGUUGUUCACCCAAAAAUGGAGGCUUCGUUUUUUGGAAAUUUAGAUCAGUGGAACUACGUUAUGGGAGGUGGGCAUCCAAGGACACCUUUCUACCAAGCUUUUCUGAAACUCGCCAAGUCAAUCUGGCUUUUACAUAGGUUGGCAUAUUCUUUCAAUCCGCCAGUUAAGGUCUUUCAAGCCAAGAGGGGAAGUGAGUUCUCAGAGGUCUAUAUGGAAAGCAUCGUAAAAAAUUUGGUUGUGGAUGAAGGUGAUGAAAAACCUAAGGUUGGGCUAAUGGUUAUGCCUGGUUUUUGGAUUGGGGGCAGUUUGAUCCAAGGCCGAGUUUAUUUAACGGGCAUGAAGGUUGCUGAAUGACUGGCUUUUAUGCAGAUUGAACUCUCGCCUCGCCCAAAAUGUGUAUUUAUGUGUUUGUUUGUUUAUUUCAGUUUAUUAUUGCCUUAGAAUCUUUUAUUGCUGUUGUUGCAUUUGUUGUUAAAUGCUGGUUUGGAAUUGAAUAUGUUGCACUGCUCAUUUCCUUCCUAAGCAUUUUAGUCUAUGUGAGUGUUUCAUUCCAUAUAUAUAUAUAACAUUUGAUUUAGAUAGGA